AUGAUCGUUUUUAUUGUUAAUACUGUUACUGCUGCUACUGCAGAGCGAGGUGCUGCUGCUGCUGACUCUACUGCUGUUACUGCUGCUGCUGCAGGAACGCUGAAGAUGCUGUUGUAG